AUGGCACCUCGGCCUCGCUUAACAUUGCUCGAUUAUGGCCAUCGUGCCAUCGUUACAACAUGUGCAGCUGCUUCGGUCUAUGGCCUGUGGGCUAUAUGGCAGAUUCACAACGCCAACAUUGCAGCCGGUGCAGAAUACAUGCGCAUUCUGAAGAUUGAACAAGACAAAGCGCGAGCUGAAGGUCGGGUCCCACCGGAGCGACUUGAUAAGCCAGCAUCGUUUUACAACAGCAACGACUCUCUCUCCUCGGAAUGA